UCUGCAGAUGAUCUGUUUGAAUUAUUAAUAAAAGGUGAAGUACUCUGAUUUAAAAAAAAAAAAAAAAACGGAGCUCCUGUUUCAAAAAUGGCAGUAGCUUCUGCAACUUUAGCCUCUUUCAUUGAUCUCACGCCACAUCCAUCGACCAAGCUCCUCCGCUGCUCUGCGACGCUACCCAUACCCGCAACACUUGUUUGCCGAUUCCACUACGGCUCUUGUUCCAAUCUCAGAGUCAGUAAUUGCCAUGGCAAGUUGAACAAUUCAACUGAAGGAGAACCAGAUGAAAUUGACGAAUCCCUAUUUGGUGGCUAUGACGGGGUUGAGGACGACACCGACGAUGAGGAAGCAGAGAACAGUGUCGACUUGUUGAUUAGAUUCUUACGGAGCAUGUUUAGGAAGGUCUCUAAGCGAGCAAAGAAGGCUUCGCGAUCCAUUUUACCAGCAGUAAUAUCGCCUCAGCUUGUUUCUUUUGCAGUUGACGGUACGCUGCUACUUGCUUCACUUUCUAUUGUUAAAGCGUUUCUUGAGGUGAUAUGCACGCUUGGAGGUACUGUAUUUGCUGGGAUUUUGUUCCUUCGAGUGAUCUGGGCAGCAGUUGCUUACUUUCAGUCUAGUGGAAAUAGCUUCAACCAAGGUGGAAGUUCCUUCGGUGCCGUAGCUUAGAGCUCUCUUUAAGCUUUAACACAGAAUUCCCUUUGUAAGUUUAAAUCCUACAUUCUUUGCUUCUGCGCUACUUUGUAAUGGGCGAAGGCUAUGAAUAUGAUAUCGUAUAUAUGAAGUAGAAAUUACUCA